AUGGCAAACCACCCAGGGGAGGACCCUUCCGACGAUUUUCUCGAGCAAAUCCUGGGGUUUCCGACGUACGGGGUAGCCGAUAAUAACUUGGCGGGAAAUGAUGCGGCUAGCUUGGCAGGAGCUCCGGCUUCGAUGAUGCUCCAGCUCGGCUUGGGUGACGGUUCGGAUCACCUAGGCGGCGUCGGAGUCGGCGCAUUCCAUCACGGUGGCGUGGAUGCUGGCGGUGGCUUUCCAUUAGGAUUAAGCUUGGAACAAGGAAGCUUAGGAAGGGGAGGGUUUAUGAAAAUGGACGACGCGUCGGGGAGUGGGAAUAGAUUCCGUGAAGAUAUUGUUGAUCCCAGAGCGCCCCCUUCUGUUAAAGCGGGUUUUCAUGGAUCACCUAUGUCGACUAGGGUACCUUCAAUGCCGAAUCCACCUGCAAUGCGCCCAAGGGUACGUGCUAGACGAGGACAAGCUACAGAUCCGCACAGCAUAGCUGAGAGGUUGCGCAGAGAAAGAAUAGCUGAAAGAGUAAGAGCAUUGCAAGAGUUGGUUCCCGGUGUUAGCAAGACUGACAGAGCAGUGAUGGUCGACGAGAUUGUGGAUUAUGUGAAGUUCCUAAGACUUCAAGUGAAGGUGUUGAGCAUGAGUAGAUUGGGAGGAGCUGGUGCGGUGGCACCUCUUGUGGCAGAUACCCCCAUAUCAUCAAUAGAGGAAGAAAGCGGUGAAGGUGGAGAAACCCGGCCAGCCUGGGAGAAGUUGUCGAAUGAGGGCACAGAACGACAGGUUGCUAAGCUUAUGGAAGAAAAUGUUGGGGCAGCCAUGCAGUUUCUUCAAUCCAAGGCACUCUGCGUCAUGCCUAUCUCUCUUGCUUCCGCAAUCUACCACACUCAACCUCCAGACACUACCACACUUGUGAAGCCUGAAACGAAUCCCAUGUAA